AGUCCCAGUCGUUUCUACGCUUGAUCAUACAUCUGGGAAAAAAGAUGAAUUUUUAGGAGUGAAAUCUAUGAAAAAGUAUGUUGAACUUAUCGCCAAGAAGGAAUUUUUUACAAACGUUAGUUUUUCCGUAACACCUGCCGUUAAAACUGGUGAAAAUUUUAUCGGAGAUGUUUAUCGUGUUACGAUACAAGGUGAAAAAAAUGGACGAAAUAAGAGCAUACAUUUGAUAUCUAAAUGUGCACCAUUAGAUUCGAGAAGAAAGUAUACCAAAGUAAGACGAAUGUUUCAACAAGAGAUAUAUUUUUAUGAAAAACUUUUGCCAACUUUUAACGAUUUUCUACGUGAUUACAAUAUGACACUCGAAUAUGUUCCUUAUAUCUAUGCUUUCUCCGAGGAACAUUUGAACGAAAUUUUAGUGCUAGAAGAUCUGAAAUAUCAAAAUUAUCACAUGAGAGAAAUAAAAUAUCUCGAUUAUUCUCACGCACGAUUGACUCUUCGUUGUAUUGCAAGAUUUCACGCGUACAGUUUUGCAAUUAGGGCUAAAAAACCGGAAACAUUCGAGAUAUUUAAAUCUAUAAAAGAGCCCGUAUUUUAUUUUGGAAAUCCUAUGACGAUAAAUACAGAGGACGAUGAUUACUCGAUCGCAUUAAUCGAUUUAAUUGAAAAGGUUCUCGAAGAUGAGGACGAACGUUAUCAGAAAAAAUACAGAAAUUUUGUUAAACAUAUGUCGCAAAUAGCGUUGGAGGUAGUCAAGGGAUCCCAUGCCGAACCUUAUGCUGUUGUAAAUCAUGGGGAUGCUUGGACAAACAAUAUAUUGUUUAAAUACAAGAAAAACGAUAAAAACGGCGAGCCAGAGGAUCUUCGGUUCCUCGACUUUCAAGUUUGUCGUUACGCAUCGCCUGCAUUGGAUAUAUCAUAUAUCUUAUUUUGUUUCACAUUACACGAAAUGAGAAUCGAACAUUACGAUAAUCUUUUAAGAGAUUAUUACGAUUCAUUUUCGAAUUGUCUUCGUAGUUUGGAUUGCAAUCCCAAUGUUUUAUUUCCAUACGAAGUUUUAUUAAAACAUAUCAAAAUUUUUGGCAAAUAUGCCGCUUGCAUGGCGAUAUACGUUUUGCAUUUUUACGCAGAUCCGAAUAAUAGAACAUUGACGGGUGACGUUGAUACCUACCACAAAAUAUUAAAGACCAACAACUUUUACAAAAACGUUUUGAAAGAUACUUUUAAAGAAUUCAUAGAUAGGAAUAUUAUUUAAUAUUUCUCUCGUACUUUUAAUUUCUUUU